GAAUGACAUAGUAAAGCGAGUAUGCAAGAUGUUCAAGAAGCCAUUGGCAAACCAGUCAAACUUCACACCCAUUCGGUCUUCCGCCCGACGUCAACUUCUGAGCUCCAUCUUUACCCAAUACCCUUCUCUCCUUCGAGAUAUCCCGUCAGCCUCCGUGUUACCAGAUGGAGGAUCAGGAGAUGUUAGACCACGGGAUGACAGACCUACGGAGAAAGAUAUAGGCAGAAUGAUACUUCCAGAGGGUGUCAAGAGUGGGACGUUUGAGACUAGCGCAGGUGUCGAAGGUACUAUGUACACCAGUGGAGAUGGUGAACCACUUUGGAUCUCCUUUGGCCGUAAAAGCUCUGAAUUCGUACCGACAUUAUCUCUUCUCGCACUUCCUUUAACCUCUCCGCCCUUACCUAUCCUCCAACUCCCCCAUCCUCUCCCACCACCUCUUUUUACCGGUGCCCCACUGUUCUUAGGAGCUGUACGAAACCUCCAUCGCCCUCACCUUUUACCUGACGUAAAGGAGGGUGAAGUAGUUGCCCUCGUCAGCCCGCACAAUGGAGAGGAAGGAGAAGUGGUCUAUGUAGGAGUCAGCCGGGUUGUGGCUCCUGGAGGUCUUUCUGGGGCGUUAGAAAGACGGAAGAGGAAUCUGGAACAAGGUGUGGAGAGGGAAGAAGGACGAUUUGCGGAAAUCCUUUGUAUCGUGGAUGAUUAUCUCUGGAAACUCGGGUCCAAACCUUCACUUUCACCUUUUCAUUUGCUUCCACCCCAGAAUCCACUGGCGCCGAAUCCUGAGCACACACCAUCAUCUUCCGCCCAACAUCAGAAACUAGCCAAAUUGUCCUUCACAGAAGAGGAACAAUCAGCAAAUAAGCCUGUGCAACCUCUCUCUCCGACAGAAAUUUCAACUUUGCUCUCUGUAUCUCUUCUACAAGCCUUGUCCACACUCGAUCCCUCUCAACUUCCCAUGCCGGCCUCACUCCUAUACUCAGCUCAUGUCCUUCCUUCCAGACCCGCCUACAUUCCCAAGGAGCAGAGAGACGACGUGGUCAUUGGGAAAAGCGAAUGGAAGAGACUUGCAAAAUGGAUGAAAGAGGUCUCCAAAGACGGCUUGAUCAAAACCAAAGAAAGUAAAGGAGAAGUGGUGAUUGUAUCUGUCGAUCAGAGUCAUCCGGCCUUAGACGGACAUAAAGGGCAUCUCACAGUGGCUGAAGAGGAUAGGAAGGCUGCUAAACGUGCGAUGAAAGAAGCGGAGGGAGAUAAUAUGCGGGUAGCGGAAAAGGGAAUGAAAGGGGAAUUGAAGAUUGAAGAACUUUGGAGACCUACCGGAGCAAAUGUUGGAUUCUGGGAGGAGUGCGGAGUCGAUAAAUCCGUUCUUCACCCUCCUGCUCUGCUCAAGACUGCGUUGGAAGACUACAUCUCAAAACACAAUCUCGUGAACCCUCACCAACGUCAAUCCGUGCAUCUUGACGAAACACUGGGUAGAGUAUGCGGUAUCAAGAAAAUAGAUCCUGGACAGAUGCUCACACGAGAGGAAAUCAUAAAGCGGUUACGUGCUGGUGUCUCGUGGUCCGUCUCGAUUGGUGGAGUGGUCAAGAAAGGAAACCUUCAACCCAUCACUCUGACUGUCAAGACUCGGCAAGGGCGUAAGACGGUCACCAUCAUUUCUGGCCUGGAGAGUUUCAACAUUGUGGUGGAGGAAUUUGCAGAAGAAAUGCGUAAGCUCUGUGCAGGAAGUGCUUCCGUACAACCUCUGUCGGGCGCAUCACCCAAGUUGAACCUCUCAGAGGUAGUCGUCCAAGGGACACAGGUGAGGAUCAUCACGGAUGCCUUGAUUGACAAAGGUGUGCCAAGACGAUGGAUCAAAGAGGGUGAUGGAGAUAAAAAGAAGUAG